AUGGAGGAUUUCGGUGUGGAGAUCAUUGCAAUGGACAUUAUCAAACCCUCUUCCUCGACUCCAAAUUACUUUCAACUUUCUUUGAUCGAUCAAAUGGCGCCUCCCUCUUACAUGCCCGCCAUUUUUUUCUAUCUUCCUCCGAAUUCUCAAAAUAUUGUUCAUCAGAUUAGGGAUUCUCUCUCUCGAACCUUAACUCGCUUCUAUCCCUUGGCCGGAACCAUGCCUGAGCGAUUCUACGUUGAUUGCAAUGACUCUGGAGUUGAGUUUUCUGAAGCCAAAGUUGAUUGCGAGAUUUCAGUUCUCUUGAAGAAUCCUGAAAUCCGCAUUUUGCACCGUUUGCUUCCACUUGUUUUUACCUCCCAUUCUGCUGAUUCCAAGUUUCUACUCGCCGUUCAGUUGACUCGCUUCAUCUGCGGUGGUGUAGCUGUGGCUGUUUGUCUUUCGCACAAGCUCGCCGAUGGGGCUUCUGCUGCUGGAUUCGUUAAAGCCUGGGCCGCCGAGGCUAGAGGAGGUUGUAAUAACUCUAUUUUGGAGCCUAAUUUUGAUGCUGUAAAACUCUUUCCAUGUAGAAAAAUUCCUGGUUUUAAGCGAGGAAUCGUGGCUUCAAAAGAGAAGAUCUCGACUAAGAGAUUUGUGUUUGCCAAAUCCGACAUAGACGUGUUAAAGUCUCUCGCUGUUGGUACCUUUGGUGGCUCCAUUUCAAAACCUCCGUCGCGUGUGGUGGCUGUUUCGGCCUUUAUUUGGCUAAGAUUAAUGGCACUGGCUCGAACAAGACCGGUGAAGGCAAAGGUGUUUGGAGCGCUAUAUCCGGUGGACUUGCGAGCAAGGAUGGAUCCGCCGUUGCCGAAAAAUUCGUUUGGCAAUGUCUCUUGGUUUACAAUAGCAACAUCCCCGGUGGAGAUCAAUGAAGAUUUACCUCUUCUCGUGGCUAAAGUAAGAACCGCUAUACAGGAAAUCGACUCCGGUUUUGUGAAGAAACUAGAAGAUUCAGAACACUUGUUGGAAUUGAUGAAGCAAGUGGACAAACAACUCUCCAGUGGUGAGGUACAUCUCUGGAGCUUUACUAGUUGGUGUAGAUUUCCUGUUUAUGAAGCUGAUUUUGGAUGGGGAAAGCCCACUUGGGUUUGUAGUCCGAGUAGGCCUUUUAGAAAUUCAGUCGUUUUAAUGGAUUCGUCUGAUGGUGAUGGUGUUGAAGCUUGGGUGAACUUGAAGGAAGAAGACAUGGCCAUCUUCGAAAAAGACGAAGAGCUUCUUUCCUUUUGCUCGGAUUAGCUUUUAAUGUCGUUUGGCUUCUUUCUGUCCUGUUUCUGAAAUGAAAUCCAAAUCCAAAUCCCAAGCCAUUUUUUGCACACCAAACAACAAACACUUCAAACCUUUUUAUUCCUAUCUGUUCGGUGAACAGAACAAUGCCAAACACUCAACACUUGGAAUUUUAAAAACUUAUAAAAGAAAGAAACAGCUCCAUGUUUUCAUCAAACUCAAUCCCGAAUUUGGUUAUUUAUGAAACAAACAUGGGUGGUGACAAAUGCAAUGAGAAAGGACAAUACAGAAAGAGACAACCAUCCAACGAACUUUUUUUUUUCUUUCAUUAAUUUCCUCUUUGGGAACUAAUUGGACAACAGCCUUAGCGUAGGUUUUUUAGCACUUCCAGCAGGAGGAUGCAACAAUGGGCUUGGACUUCCAACCAAGAACCAAACACCCCUUUUCUUCCACAAUAGUGUAACCUUCAUUAGCCUUAAACUUCCCAAUCCACUGCUUUGCCUGAGCCAUUACUUUAAUGGGCGAAGCUUGAAAACCUGCUCUGCUCAUCCUCCUCCGCCAUUGAUCCACUCUCUCAUGCCUCUCAACCCUCGCCAUCCCCUCGCAGCUCACUAUGUUCUUUAUCUCCUCAGCAAAAUAGAACUGCUCAAUCUUUGCUCUUCUGGUGUCAUAUUUCGGCAACAUGGCAUCCAAGGAAUCAAAUAUGGCAGAAUAAUAGUGAAGAGCUUCCAUGAAUCUCCCUAAGAAAAAGGGUCCAUUGUGAUUUGAAUCUUGCUCCACUAGAACCAAAGCCUUGGGGGAAAGGUCAUAAAUCAUGCGAAGUACAGAGGUUAGAGCUCCUCUGCUUUCUUUGACCACACAAUGCAUCUGAAAAAUGCUGGUGAUGACCAAAGCUUCACCAUCGUGAAGUUUUAUGUCUUGAGGUCGAAGAUUUUCUAAAUUUCCCUCUACAGCUAAAACCUCCACUUGAACCCCAACCCCUUCUGCGUGAGCUUUCAACUUCUCCCCCAUCACUCUGUAUCUAUUUACAGAGAGGCCAAUGCCAGUGACUCGGAGCAGUCGCCGGUUCGAAGACUCAGCAAGGCUCUCAAUGAGGCUGUGCCAUUGAUGGCCAUAUGGCAAACCAAACGCCAUUCCCAAAUCCAACACAUGGACAGAAUUCUCUCCCUCAAAGACUUCCAAUAUUGAUGAAUUGGCCACAAAAUGCCCAAAUUGGAUAUGUGGGUAAAUCUCAUAAGCAAGAUUUAGAGCCUCAUCCUUUUUCUUCCUGUCAGACGAGUGAUCCACUCUGCUCAUGAUGGGCAAACCAAAGCCAACAUAGCCAAGUGGCUGAACCAAAGCAAGGCGGUCGGCCAGUCCUUGGACAAAACAAGAAGCCACUCUUUGGAAGGAAGAGCCAAAUACCAAAGCGUUGGCUCGAAGCUCGGAUAGAAGAAUUGAAGCAUGAGACCUAUCGCGACAAGCCACAGCCUCAGCACAGGCAACAAGAAGCUGUAAAAGCCUCAUCCCAUCAGCACUAGCAUCCUCCUCUGCCGCACUCUCCUCUGCAUUAAUGAUGGCAGCAGCAGCUUCCUCCACGGCUUCCGCUGCCAAAUAACGCUGAUUGUAAGUCCAUAUAUGGGCACGGAAGCCAGUACUCAAGCUAUCACAACUGUCGCUGCGGCUGAGACUCCUGCUAUUGUUGCUACUGUUUCCACUACCAUCUUCAGUUGGGGUUGAUUCAGUUUCAAUUUUGGGUCUUUUACGUCUGAAUUCGUCGGAGAAUGAAAUGACCCAUCUGCUUGCUGCAGUAGUGUCAUCCAACAAGGAGAGCCAGUGGGCAGCUCCGCUAUCCUCAUCCUCCUUCGUGAUGGAGGUGAAGUCUGUGGAGAAGAAGCUGCCCCCGUCGCCAUCAAGAGCCAUUGUUGUGUUGGUGUCUCUGUCACUCCUGAUGGAACUGAAGGGAAAUUGUAAAACACUGAAGGAAGGUGAUUGUUAUAGCAUUGUUGGGUGAAAGUUCCUAAGUUUUGGUACACUUUAUUAAGUUUUUAUUUAUUUAUUUAUUAUUAUUAUAAGUUAUAACAAGGAAGCCAAGUUGUAGGAGAAUUAACACAAGAAAUUGGGAGGAAUUUUUGGGACAAGGUAGAAACUAAGAAGCUCCAAGUGUUGGGGAAGUUCAAAUUGUUGGUUGGUUUUGGUUGGUUUGUUAGUACAGUAACUAAGGAAGAAUAUACCAUGUGGGUGUUAAUAUGUCAUUUUCAGUUUGCUUUUAUACAUCUUGUUGGCGUUUUUGGGUAA